AUGAAGCUGAAUUUCUCAAACAAAAAAGCAGGAUGGUACUACUCAAUGGGAUUUUUUUGCUUCACAUUUGGGAUGACCUAUCUAAUGCCUUUAUGGUACAAAACAUUUUGUGAAAAAACUGGCUACACAGGCUUAGGUCUUAAAAGAAAAGAUUUUGACUACGGAAAAAUUCAUGAUCCCAAGAAGAUUCAUAGGAAGUUCAAAAUUAUUUUCCAAGGCAGCAGCGAGCCCGAAUUAGGGUGAAGUUUCUUUCCUCUUCAAGAUACAGUAGAAGUUAAUGCAGGAGAAACAGUCCUUGCAUUUUACAGAGCGUACAAUGAUAGCCCAAACCCUAUUAUUGGCAUCUCAGCUUAUGUGGUUCAGCCAGAUGAAGCAGUCCAGUAUUUUAACAAAAUCCAAUGCUUUUGUUUUGAUGAGCAGAUGCUUAACCCUAAAGAGCAGGUCGAUAUGCCCCUUUUCUUUUAUUUAGACCCAAAAAUAUGUGAUGAGCCUCUAAUGUUUGGCCAGGACGAAGUAAGCCGCCUUAAAUAAAAAUUAAUAUAAAAAAAAAUUAAAAACUAUUAUUGAAAAUUCAAAUAAAAAAAGUAUAAGACUUAUGUACACAUUCUAUAAAGCCCAAGACCAAACUUUAGCAAAUCUAUUAAGAGAUCACCCUAAUUCACCUCUUAAUAGACCUCCAGCGGCCAAUCCAGCUAUUUAA